AUGAUCAGUGAGAUGCUGUUGUUGCUCUUUGACAAAAUCUUCUUCUAUGAGGACAAAAACUUCCAGGGUCGUUACUAUGAAUGUAGCAGUGACUGUCCUGAGCUCAGCUCCCACUUCACCCGCUGUAACUCCAUCCGGGUGGAGGGCGGGGCCUGGGUUAUCUAUGAGCGACCCCAGUACAUGGGCUACCAGUAUGUCCUCAUGAGAGGAGAGUACCCCAACUACCAGACCUGGAACGGCUUCAAUGACACCAUCCGAUCCUGUCGCCUUAUCAGAUAUCCUUCCAGCAGGCACAGGAUCCGCAUCUACGAACGUCCAGAUUUCAGCGGCCAGAUGAUUGAGUUUAGCGAAGACCUGCCCAACCUGCUGGACCGCUGGCAAUACCGUGACGUCCAAUCGGCCCACGUCCAGGACGGCACCUGGGUCUUUUACGAGCAUCCAAAUUACAGGGGGCGCCAGUACCUGCUGGAAAAGGGUGAAUACAGACGACACGCAGAAUGGGGGGCCCUUCAUCCAACUGUGGGCUCCAUUAGACGUAUUGUGGACAUGUAG